AUGUAUCAAAAGUUGACGUGUUCUUUAGAGCGAGCAGGAAAUUUCCAAUUUGAGCAUUGGGGAAUCAGUGUGCUGGCCAAGUUCAGAGCUGAAGAACGGUUGGUUCCAUUGGACUCUGAGCGGCAAAGCGGCGGCGAGCGCUCGGUCACUACAAUUCUUUACCUAAUGGCGCUGCAGCAGAAUGCUCUGUCGCCAUUUCGGAUUGUCGACGAAAUUAACCAGGGCAUGGACCCACGAAACGAGAGACUCAUUCACAAAUUAAUUGUGCAUGCGAUUGCGCCACGUAGUGCCGAUGCAAACACGAAUUCGGAAUGCGUUAAGUCUCUGGGAUCGCAGUAUUUUCUGAUCACGCCAAAGCUCCUACUUGACCUUGAAUAUGCAGAGCAUACCAAGUUAUUGUGUGUUUUAAACGGCACAGGGCUAGCGGAUCAGCUUCCGCCGACAUUAACAACCCCUUGGGCAUCUUGA